UUUUUAAUUAUUAUUACUUUUUAACAUUUCUAGACUUCCCAGAGAAUGCAACAUCUCACAUCUUUUUGCUUCUACGGCAAAAUUGUAGAGAGUUCCAAUCAACAUAGAUUGGGAAUGUUUCUUAGGAAACAACCCUCUUGUAAGCCAGAGAGGCUCUCUGUCAUUAAUUAUUUGCUUAUUCUUUAAUUAGUCAAACCAUUAGUCCCUUUACCAUUCAUCACUAAGAAAUCCCUGGAGAGCUUCCUCUUCUGGACAAUCUUAAUCACCUCUUAUUCAGAUUCCACCUCCUCAGUUUCUUUCAAACCCAUUGCUAUCAGUCGAUUCCAACUCAUAGUGACCCAAUAGGACAGAGUAGAACUGUCCCAUAGGGUUUCCAAGGUGGUAAUCUUUUAUUCUUAAUCCAAAAAAAUUUUUAAUCUAUUUUUUAUAUAUAUUUUUAAUUGUGCUUUGGAUGAAGGUUUACAGAGAAAAUUAGUUUCUCAUGAAACAAUUAAUACACAUAUAGUUUUGUGACAUUUGUUGCCAGCCUUGCAACAUGUCAACACUCUCCCCUUCUCUAUGUUGGGUUCCCCAUUUCCGUUCGCCCAGCUUUCCUAUCCCUUCCUGCCUUCUCAUCUUUGCCCCUGGGCUGGUGUACCCAUUUAGUCUCAUAUACAUGGUUGAUCUACAUGUAUUAUUGUUUGUUUCAUGGACCCGAUAAUCUUUGACUGAAGAGUGAACCUCAGGAGUGACUUCAGGUGUGUCCGGGGUCCAUUCUUUCAGGGUUUAUCCAGUCUCUGUCAGACCAGUUAAGUCUGGUCCUCUUUUGUGAGUUUGAAUUUUGUUCUACAUUUUUCUCCAGCUCUGUCUCAGACCCUCUAUUGUGAUCCCUGUCAGAGCAGUCAGUGGUGGUAGCCGGGCACCAUUUAGUUGUGCUGGACUCAGUCUAGCGGAGGCCGUGGUAAUUGUGGUCCAUUAGUCCUUUGGACAAAUCUUUCCCUUGUGUCUUUGGUCUUCUUCAUCUCCCUUGCUCCAGAUGGCGUAUGACCAGUGGAGUAUGUUAGAUGGCCACUCACAAGCUUUAAAGACCCCAGGCACUGCUUACCAAAGUAAGAUGUAGAACGUUCUCUUUAUAAACUAUGUUAUGCCAAUUGAACUACAUGUCCCCUGAGACCAUGGUCCCCAACCCUCAGACCACGACUAUAAUCUUUAUAGGAGCAGACUGCCACAUAUUUCUCUCGUGGAGCCACUGGUGGGUUCUAACUGCCAGCCUUUUGGUUCGUAGCUGAGUGCUUUAAUCACUGCACCACCAGGGAUCCUUCCUCAGUUUCUUAAAAAAAAAAAAAAAGCAGUUUCUUAGGCCCCCUAAAAUUCUCUCCUUCCAAAUUACAAUGACUUCUCUAAGAUAUCUUCCCUAAGUGCAGAUAUUGAAAAGCCAAUUACUUUUCAAAUCAAUUUUUGUCAGUUGAUGUCCAUCAAACAUUUUGAAUACCCUUGCUAUGGACUGAAUUGUGUCCCCCAAAAAUGUGUGUCAAUUUGACUAGGUCAUGAUUCCUAGUAUUGUAUGGUUGUCCUCCAUUUUGUGAUCUGAUGUAUAUAUCCUAAGUGUUGUAAAUCCUAGCCUCUAUGAUGUUAAUGAGGCAGGAUUAGAGGCAGUUAUGUUAAGGAGGCAGGACUCAAUCUACAGAAUUAGGUUGUAUCUUGAGUCAAUCCCUUUUGAGACAUAAAAGAGGGAAUCCAGCAGAGAAGAGAGGGACCUCAUACCACCAAGAAUGAAGAACCAGGAGGGGAGUGUGUCCUUUGGACCCGGGGUCCCUAUGCUGAGAAGCUCCUGGACCAGGGGAAGAUUGAUGACAAGGACCUUCCCCCAGAGCUGACAGAGAGAGAAAGCCUUCACCUGAAGCUGGCACGCUGAAUUUGGACUUCUAGUCUCCUAGAAUGUAUGGCAGCAGCCAAACUUCUCCACCAGUCUGGCUUGAAUGUGGUUGUUCUGGAAGCCCGGGACCGUGUGGGAGGCAGGACCUAUACCAUCAGGAAUCAAAAGGUUAAAUAUGUGGACCUUGGAGGAUCCUAUGUUGGGCCAACCCAGAAUUGUAUUUUAAGAUUAGCCAAGGAGCUAGGAUUGGAGACCUACAAAGUAAAUGAAGUAGAGCGUCUGGUCUACCAUGUAAAGGGAAAAUCAUACCCAUUCAAGGGACCAUUCCCACCUGUGUGGAAUCCAAUUGCAUAUCUAGAUCAUAAUAACCUAUGGAGGACGAUGGAUGACAUGGGACGAGAGAUCCCCAGUGAUGCUCCGUGGAAGGCACCCCUUGCAGAAGAGUGGGAUUACAUGACGAUGAAGGAGUUCCUGGACAAGAUCUGCUGGACUGAAUCUGCGAAGCAGCUUGCCACUCUCUUCGUGAACCUCUGCGUCACUGCAGAGACCCAUGAGGUCUCUGCUCUCUGGUUCCUGUGGUACGUGAAGCAGUGUGGGGGCACAAUCAGGAUCAUGGCAACAACCAAUGGAGGACAGGAGAGGAAAUUUGUGGGUGGAUCUGGUCAAGUGAGUGAGCGGAUUAUGGAUCUCCUUGGGGACCGAGUGAAGCUGGAGAGGCCUGUGACCUAUAUUGACCAGACAGGAGAAAAUAUCCUUGUGGAAACCCUAAACCAUGAGAUAUAUGAGGCUAAAUAUGUGAUUAGCGCUGUUCCUCCUGCUCUGGGCAUGAAGAUUCAUUUCAAUCCUCCUCUGCCAAUGAUGAGAAACCAGCUGAUCACUCGUGUACCUAUGGGUUCAGUCAUCAAGUGUAUAGUUUAUUAUAAAGAGCCAUUCUGGAGAAAAAAGGAUUACUGUGGAACCAUGAUUAUUGAAGGAGAGGAAGCUCCAGUUGCCUACACAUUGGAUGAUACCAAACCUGAUGGCAACUAUGCUGCCAUAAUGGGAUUUAUCCUUUCCCACAAAGCCAGAAAACUGGCACGUCUUACCAAAGAAGAAAGGUUGAAGAAACUUUGUGAGCUCUAUGCAAAAGUUCUGGGAUCUCAAGAAGCUCUGCAGCCUGUCCACUAUGAAGAGAAGAACUGGUGUGAGGAGCAGUACUCUGGGGGCUGCUACACGACCUACUUCCCCCCUGGGAUCAUGACUCAAUAUGGAAGGGUUCUCCGCCAGCCGGUGGGCAGGAUUUACUUCGCAGGCACCGAGACUGCCACACACUGGAGUGGUUACAUGGAGGGGGCUGUGGAAGCUGGGGAGAGAGCAGCUCGAGAGAUCCUGCAUGCCAUGGGGAAGAUUCCAGAGGAUGAAAUAUACCAGUCAGAACCAGAGUCUGAGGAUGUGCCUGCACUGCCCAUUGCCACGACCUUCUUGGAGAGACAUCUGCCCUCUGUGCCAGGCCUGCUGAGACUGAUUGGAUUCGCCACUAUCUGUUCAGCAACUGCUGUUUGCUUCCUGGCUUACAAGAAGGGGCUACUUGUGCGGGUCUGAAGAGAGGGUCUCUGUAACCACACAUUCUUUGGUGUGUGGGUUUGGGGAAGGGGUUGCAAUAAAGUUCCACAAAGACUUAGAGAAUAUGAAGUGAGAUGGGGAGCAUGAAGAUAAGUUAGACUUCUGACCACAGGAAACACAAUUGUCUCUUUCUCCAUUUUGAUCCCUGGUUAUCGUCCUUUGCCUCGCUUUUAAGGCCUAGCACCAACUCUGUCUCACCAAUUUCCAAGUUUACUGCCCCCCAAAUCAUUACAGUAGUUUAGUAGGCUUGUUUAAGGCCCUUGCUCUUUACAAUACACCUUGCCCUGUGCACAAACAACUAGCUUUUUUCCCACCUCUGUGGCUUUGUGCUUGUCCUUUCUCUUACAAGUAAUAUCCUCACCUUCCAAAAUUCUCUGCAUUUGUUCUUAGGAUCCUGGAUUGUGAUAGCUGGAAGACCUUAGAGACCAUCUAAUCCAUGGCCUUCUAUUUUAGAGUUCAGCGAACUGUAGGCAAGACAGGUGGAACUUAUUUGGCCAAGAUCCACAAUAAGCCACUGGUCUUUUGGGGUCUAGAAAACAGGUCUUUUGCUUUUCUCACCUCCCAGGAUGUAUUCCCCAAUCAUCCUCCUCCACGUCUUGCCACAGCUGCUGAUCAUGUCCCUUUGUGUGAGCUUGCUCUGCACUAAGUAGUCUUGCACGACUCAACUACUAAUUAGUAUGUACUCUUAAGACUUGCUGUCUUGUGCAGUAUGUCUCCAGCUGAUUUUUAUUUUUUUGAGGCUAGGAAUCUGUUCUUCCUUUCACAUUCUUAUGUCUUGAUACAAGGUCAGUAAACAGUAAUUAAUUAAAAAUAAAGUUGAUUAACCAGA